AAAUCUCCAUCACUUUCAAACUCCUCUACUCUGUAACUGUGAUCUCUGCAGUGUGCACUUUAACUGUCUGCUGUUAUCAGCUGGGAGAUAUUAAAAGGCCAUGCCACUAAAUGUUGUGCUGGAUGGGCCGCCCCCCUGGGGUUUUCGGCUGGCAGGAGGAAAAGACUUCAACCAGCGGCUGACCAUCUCCAGGGUCACUCCCGGUAGUAAAGCGUCCGAUGCCAACCUGUGUGCUGGCGACGUCAUCCUGUCCAUCGAGGGAGUCCCGGCCAUAGACAUGCUGCACUGUGAGGCCCAGAGCAAAAUCAAGGAAUGCUCCCACCAGCUCCGCCUCAUUGUAGAAAGGAAUGAAUCAAGGCUGUGGACUCCUCAGGUUGUGGAGGAUGGAAGAGCUCAUCCAUUUAAAAUAAACCUGGAAACAGAACAGCAGGAAUAUAAACCGAUUGGCACUGCUCACAACCGGAAAGCUCAGCCGUUUGUGGCAGCGGCAAACAUCGACGACAAGCGUCAGGUGGUCAGCACGUCCUACAACACUCCUAUAGGCCUGUACUCCAAAGGCAACAUCCAGGACGCCAUGGAGGGCCAGAUCCGAGGCCUGGUUCAUCAAAAGCCUGAGAGUCCCAGGACUCUGACCAGCAUCGAGGAAUCUGACGUGUACCGAAUGUUACAGAAGGAUGAGGACGACACCCAGGAGCCUCGGCAGUCCGGCUCAUUCAAAGCCCUGCAGGAGUUUAUUGAAAGUGAUGGCACUCGACCCAUUGUGACUCGCACAGUGAAAGCCCCCACGACCAAACCCACUCCGCCUACAGGAAACCUGCAGAAGCUGCCCGUCUGUGACAAGUGUGGGAAUGGGAUUGUCGGGACAGUGGUGAAAGCCCGAGACAAAUAUCGACACCCAGGUUGCUUUGUGUGUGCCGACUGUGACGUCAACCUGAAACAGAAAGGAUAUUUCUUUGUUGAAGGCCAGCUGUACUGUGAGAUUCAUGCUCGAGCCAGAAUGAGACCACCAGAGGGGCACGACCUCAUCACGACAUUUCCCUCCUCCUAGAUCCUUCCCCUAAUUAGCUCCGACACAAACCCUUCAGCAACUCCUCUCAGGUCCUACAUCUGUUUUAUGUUUACUUCUGCACUCCGUUCUUGUUUGUGCAAAAUAUUUAGAGCUGUGUGAUGCUUCCCAAUGUAACAUUUUGACUAGUAAAUCACAUUUUGCAGCUGA